CAGGGCCUGGACAAGUAUGAAAAUGAGGACCUGAUCGCUAACGCGCUUCCACACGACAUAUGGUUCCACGUUGAUGCCCUCAGUUCAGCGCACGUGUACCUGCGGCUGCCCGAGGGCAAGACGAUGGCAGACAUUCCCAAGGACACGCUCGAGGACGCCUGCCAGCUGGUCAAGGCCAACAGCAUCCAGGCAAGGGGUUCUGCAUGGAUCCAGAUGGCCAGGCAACUAGGCAACAAGACCAGCAACCUGGCCAUUGUCUACACGCCCGCCAGCAACCUGCGCAAGAGCGCAGACAUGGCGGUGGGGCAGGUGGGGUUCCACAAUGACAAGCUAGUGAAGAAGGCGCAGGUGGCGCGGCGGCUGAACGAAAUCGUAAACCGGCUGAACAAGACGCAGGAGGAGAGGUUUCCAGACCUGGCGGCGGAGAGGGCAGCGUGGGAGAAGGAGCAGGCGGGCAAGCGCAAGGCAGAGGCAACGGUGCAGCGGCGGACCGAGAAGGAGGAGAAGGAGGAGCAGAAGCGGCAGCAGGACAUG